CACAUGCAGUACUCACGAGUUUAAUCAACAAACGGAGUUUAUGAAGAAAUUCAGAAUAAUCACAAUUUUUGCAAAAUAUUGAAUGAAACCGUGUCAAUUUGGAUUGUGUCAGAGUGUAAACCAUUUAUUAACAUCUUUCUAAAUUCCGCCGGGCUUCUAUUUAGUGCUUAUAUUUCCAGCUUCAAGCCUGCUCCAGUCACUUGAUGGUGACCACGCAAGAACGGGUGGUUUUCGAGAUGCAUUUGUUAACAGUGUUAGCGGCGUCAGUGUUGUGGCUCACUAGCGUGUGCUGUGCUAUGUCUGAUGGCGGGUAUCGACGACUUCCACAUUCCUCGUUGACGGCGUGUUCAGCCGCCUGCAGACACGAUCAUCGAUGUGAAUCGUUCACCUUCAACCUGCGCAACCUUCAGUGUCACCUGAAUGACAUCCAGUCAGCGCAAAACGAGGAGGCCAUUUCUCUAGGAACAAUUUCCCGCAACAAAAAUAACAAGGUGACCGACCCGUGCACUGCGUUCUCCUGCCCGUGUAACAUGUCCACGUGCUCAGUCUGUCGCCACUGUGACGUGAACCCGCGGACCGGGACGCCAUUGUGUGUUGUUGAUAUAUCUGCCUGCCUGGAAUCCCCGUUUGUGAAGAAUGGCGUCGUACACGGCGGAGGAAACUGUCUCGUUGGAGUGAUGAGAAAUUACACAUGUAACCCUGGUUACGUCAGCCUGUUCAGCGGUCAGAUCACGUGCUCUGAGGACGGCACGUGGAGUGCUGGUGUCUGUGUGAAAGGAUCAGUGACCAUCUUAACAAACGCUGAUUCUUCACCUUCAAAUUCUUUACCACACAAGAGGAUUGUGUUCCCACCAAGUAGAAUGAAAGGGAUUCUACUCCCCAUAUGA